AUGAAAGCUGCGAAAGCUGCAGGUCUCUCGGGAAAGAUAACCAACCACUCCGUGCGAAAAGCUUGUAUUUCUCGUCUUAUGGACGCUGAUGUUCCCACAAAUUUUGUAGCACAGUUGAGCGGGCAUAAAAAUCUAAAAAGUCUCGACGCUUACAAGACGGCUUCGGUCACACACCAACGACAAAUGUCAAGAAUCCUGAGUUGCUCUGCCUCUGAUCGGCCAACAUCUAGUGCAUCAAGCCCGUUGCAAACAUUGGAAGUUCGGUCCGUUUCUCACAGCCAAACAAGCAACUCUGCGUGGCUUAAUUCAACCGAAACAGUGUCCAAAACAACCGGACUGUUCUCGGGUGCGAGGAUCGAUGACUGCACAUUUAACUUCAACUUUGGUUCUGAUGAUUGCUCGAGUGCCUCGAAACAGACCAAAAAAAGACGUCUUGCCUUCCUUGAUGAUUCAGAUUCUGAUUAG